ACACCGCAGCAAGACACGGAAUACCCCUCUUUCUCCUCUCUCUUCUUCUCUCAGCAUAAGUCAGUACAGGGGUCCAUAUUCUCCAAGAAGCUGCACUAACGGAGAAUGUGGUCAUCACCCUGUUCUGGAAUCUCCACUGCAUUCGAUCUUCUUCUCGUUCGGUUUUCCACCUUCUAAAACAAGAUAAUCUUAUUUUGAGCCUAAAUCUCAACUAUGGACAAGCACCCAGGCUCCAACACGAUCAACCCCGCAUCCUACCAUGGGAAUCCGGCCGCACGGUGUUCGGACCGAGGAGUUGGCGGUUCGUGUCCGCACAGCCUGGGCUCAGAGGCAGGCACCGCAGGCAGCCGUGGUGGGGUGUCCGGGGACAGCGCGUCUACUCCGCAUCAAACCCACAAGCGGCGCUUAGAGGGGGUCCUCAAUAAAUACACCAACCUGCUACAGGGAUGGCAGAACAGGUAUUUUGUGUUGGAUCCGGACAUGGGUCAGCUGCAGUACUUUGUGAAUGAGCACAGUAAGAAUCAGAAGCCUCGGGGAUCUCUGCCUCUCAUAGGGGCCUCUGUGGCCCUCAGCGAUGAGCUACCGCACAUGUUCACAGUCCACUCUGCCACUGGAGAGGCCUACAAACUCAGAGCUUCGGACGCUGGGGAACAGCAGCUGUGGAUGAGUCAGAUGCAGCUCUGUGCCCGGCGCCACUCUGACUCCAGUGCCAAGCAGGCCCCUCCCACCCCAGAGUCUAUAGACCCCAGUGAAGAGAUGACAGACACAGAGGACAACGAGGAAGAGGACCUGGGAGUCAGAGAGGACCAACGGAACAUGAUCCUUCACCUGCUGUCGCAGCUCAAACUGGGCAUGGACCUCACACGGCCAAACGUGAAUAACAAACGGAGCUGUUUCGCCUACAAAAAUAAUAUUUUGGGA